AUGCUAAGUCCAAGUACAAAACCAGAUAGUGAAUUAUGUCGAAAUGCAUGUGGAUUUUAUGGUAAUAAAGUAUGGGAUGAUUUUUGCAGCAAAUGUUAUCGUGAAGUUUAUCAACAAGCUAAACAAGUACAAGAAGAAUUCGAUGCAAAACACGAGGUUUUAUCACCAACUUUGACAAAUGAGGCUGUUCUUCCGUUAUUAACAGUUCAAUCGUCACCAUCACUCACAAGUUUUCAAGAAAGGCGGCGAUCAAAUAUUAAUAUGAAAAAUCCAGUGAAACAAAUUUUACUCAAUCGUACGGGAAGUUUGAAAUAUGAAACAGGCACAAUUUUAUUUAUAUUUCAAGUAUUAGCCCUUUCUGUUUCAGCUCAAAACACUGUGUUAUUUAAUGACGAUACAAUGGAGCAAGAUGCAGCUUAUAAACAUUUGGAUGUAAUGACAACGGAUGAUGCUAGAUUAGACAUUAAACGUUAUGUUAAAUUAUUUUCAAAUAGUUUUCAAAAAAAAUGUUUAAAUAAAAAUGUAUCAACCGAUAAACUAUGUGAAGACUAUAGUCAGUUUAAAGAUAAUUUGAAGAAAAGAAUACAAACAAACUCAAUUUAUAAAGUACGUGUUCGUGAUUAUGUUGAAAAUAUUAUAUUUACAAAAAAUUAUUCUCUAAUUUUUCAUCGUUUAUCGACUACCUAUGAAGAACAAGAUUUAUCUAUUCAAAAUCGAAUAUCGAGUUUACAUUGGAUUAGUACACAAAUGCUUGAAACAGUUUUAAAUGAACAUAUACCAUUAGUUAGAGAGUCAAUUUAUAAAGCUAUCAAUGCAUUGAUUGAAUUAGAUUCGAAAAUAAUUCCACAAGAUAAGAUUCAGUCCAUAAUGGAAUGUAAAGAUUAUAUAUUUGAUGCUAUUAGAAAUUCAAUAUCUUACUCUCGCAAUAAUAGUGAACAAACGACGAUAAUAAAUGCUGAUAAUUUUCUUCCAGCAUUAAUUUAUAUUGUUUUAAAAGCAAAACCACCACGUUUACAUUCAAAUAUUAAAUUUUUAAGCAAUUUUUCACAACCAAGUGGCGAACAAGCAUAUUAUUUAGCAAAUCUAGAUUCAGCCGUUCGAUUUAUUGAAUUAUUAAAAGCUCAACAUAUUGGAUUAUCUGAAGAAGACUUUCUUCAUUGUAUGCGUGGUGAACCAGUCUUUUCCAAUGUAACGUUAUUCGAUCUAGAUGACACAAAUAAUGUCGAGAAAAAAUUAUUAAAUGAACAUACACGUUUAUAUUCUGAUAUUGAUUAUCAUUGUGAAAAAUUUGAGCAAAAUUUGAUUAAUUUUCGAACAAAACUAAUGUUAUCCACGUCAGAUGCCAAUGAUUUAAUUCAAGAUUCCUAUCAACGUUACAGUGAUUUUGAUAAAAAACUAUUAUGUGUUGAUGAAUCUCCUUCACCUGUCGAUAUUCAAACAUCAGCAGAUGUUGUCGACCUAAAAGACAACCAAACAAUACCUAAUUUAUCACCACAAGACAACAAAAAUGAUAUUUUCGAUCAAACUUUAACUGCAAGUGAUAUUCAACUUCCUGAACCGCUAGAACCACAAAUUCUGACAGAUACUUCUCAGUCGCAAAAAGAUGUUCAACAGCAACAACAAUUGACUUCAAAUCAAUAA